AUGUCUUCUUCUAGACUGGGGCUCCGUGUGGCUUCUUGUUUACUAAAUAUUUCAGAAGCCAAAAGAAAAUCCAUGGUUGAGAACGUAGCAAAAACACCUCUUCUUGAAAAAUAAGGGCAGAAAUAUCCUGAAGUAUUGAUGCUCAAUAUAUUUUCAUUUCAAGACUGCAUAAGACCAGUUAUUACAAUAGCAGCUUCUAUUAAUGAGUUAGGUCUUGCUGAGAAUUUGGUCCUGCAUGUUCCUGGCUGUGAUGUGUUUCUUCUUGGUGAGGCUGACCUGCCUGAGAAGUACAUUCUUGUUCAGAGAAGGAAGCAACUGGACUGGUUUAUAAGGAGGGAUUUCAGUGCUCUUGAAUCUGACCUGGGAUCUGCACCUGCCUGAAGAUGUGGUUUCACAGGUUCUCAUGCAGUGAAGAUGAAUGGGUCAGUAUUUGGGAAGAACUUUAACCUGAUAGUAAAAGUUAAUCUGAGUUAA